UAACCGAAGUUGUUUUGUUCAAGACCUCUUAUUCCUCAGCCCAGCCCUGACGAUUGGGUCAUUAGAUUGGACGGAAACCGAAUAACACGGCACUCAAGUCAAGUCUACGGACGAGUUUCUACUCCACUUCGCACACAUAAUAUCAAAACACACUCGAGAGACAUCAUAAAGCAAAAGCACACCAUCAGAACGGAGACAUGGAUUCUGCAGUUCUUGACUCCAAAUCUCCAUCUCCUCCUCGCUGUGCACGCUUUUUCCUGUGCAGUCUCUUCAUUUUUCUGUCCUCCAACACAGUAACACUCUCAUCGGCACAAACCAGCAACAGGACCGAGGAUGACCGGCAAGCCCUCCUCUGCUUCAAAUCCGGCAUCUCGGCCCCUGCCGGUGUCCUCAGAUCGUGGCGCAAGGACUCGCUCAAUUUCUGCAGGUGGCGAGGGAUCACCUGCAGCACAACUCCCCCAAUCCGUGUGGUGUCCAUGGAAUUAAGGUCUGUGAAGCUCAGAGGAAAACUGUCAGGUUGCAUGACAGCCCUUACUUCUCUAGUGCGGAUGGACCUUUCAAGCAAUGGUCUUUCUGGAAGGAUUCCUGAUAAGAUUGGUGCACUUCCGGGACUUCAAACUUUGAUGCUUGCUGGCAACAAGCUUGAAGGUAACAUCCCUCCAUCAUUGAGUGUAGCUGCAUCUCUUAGCGAUGUCAAUAUUUCAAGCAAUAAACUAUCAGGGGAGAUCCCAGCUAGCAUGUUCAGUAACUCAUCCAAACUACUCAGGGUCGACCUCCAAUUUAAUGCUCUUUCUGGGGUACUUCCACAUUUCCAAAAUAUGGCAUCCCUGCAGUUUCUUGGCUUCUCUGGAAAUUUUCUUUCUGGUAGUAUUCCAGCAUCUUUAGGAAAUAUUUCGUCCUUAAGUUCCAUCCUGCUAGCACGAAACUUGUUGACAGGAUCCAUUCCAGAAUCUCUGGGUCAUAUUCCGAACUUGAACAUUCUAGAUCUAAGCUACAACAGAUUGUUGGGGUAUGUCCCUGCCAUGCUGUACAAUGUCUCAUCACUCCGAUUCUUUAACCUAAGCAACAAUAGGCUUGCUGGACAGAUACCUUCUGACAUCGGCUACUCACUCCCAAAUCUUGAAUCAUUGAUCGUGAGUGGCAACACAUUCAAUGGAGUGGUUCCGGCUUCACUGGCCAACAUGUCAAUGCUCCAAGUGAUUGAUCUCUCAAAUAAUUCACUAAGAGGCUCAUUGCCAUCUCUAGGAUCCUUGAGAAACUUGAAACGACUGCUUCUACGAAGUAACAUGCUACAAGCUGAAGACUGGGCAUUCCUUACCUCCCUGACAAACUGCAGUCAGUUGUUAUGGUUUUUGAUGGAUGGGAAUGUCCUGAAUGGAAAUCUUCCAAAAUCAGUUGGCAAUCUUUCCACAAAGCUAGAACGGCUUAACUUCGGAGGUAACAAAAUUUCAGGAACCAUACCAGCUGAGAUAGGGAACCUUGUGAAUCUCACUCUGCUUGAAAUGGACCAGAACAUGCUUUCAGGAAUCAUUCCUUCAACUAUUGGGAAUUUAAGAAACUUGUUUGUCCUGAGACUGUCAAUGAACAGAUUGUCAGGUGAAAUCCCAUCCACAAUUGGCAAUCUCCCUCAACUAAACCAGCUUUUCUUGGAUGACAAUGGUUUGUCUGGUAACAUACCGGCAAGUCUAGGGCAGUGCAAAAGGUUGGGUAUGUUAAAUUUAUCAGUUAACAACCUUGAUGGAUCCAUACCAAGUGAAAUCCUCAGUAUUUCUUCCCUUUCUUUGGGGUUGGACUUGUCAAACAACAACCUUACAGGAAAGAUACCACCACAAAUUGGAAAUCUGAUCAAUCUUGGCCUAUUGAAUGUUUCCAACAACAAGUUAUCUGGUGAAAUACCAUCUGCACUUGGCCUGUGUGCUGUUCUGUUAACCCUGCAGAUGGAAGGCAACAUGCUUAGUGGGACUAUUACUGACUCUUUGCGUGGACUGAAGGCCCUACAACAGAUAGAUCUCUCUGAAAACAACCUAUCCGGUCAAAUUCCAGAAUUCUUCGAGAACUUCACCAACUUAUAUCAUCUUAAUCUAUCAUUCAACAAACUUGAAGGACCAAUUCCAACCGGUGGUAUCUUCAGUAAUUCGAAUGCAGUUAUGUUGGAAGGCAACACAGCAUUAUGUCAAAUAAUUUCCAUAUUUGCAUUGCCGAUCUGCCCCAGCACAUCCGCAACUAAAAGAAAAAUCAAUGCACGCCUGCUGCUGAUAAUAGUCCCACCAGUUACUAUUGCUUUAGUAUCAUGUUUGUUUGUUGUUGCCACUCUUAUGAAGGGAAACACAACCCAACCAUCUGAAAGCUACAAAGAGACAAUGAGGAAGGUGUCAUAUGGAGACAUUCUUAAAGCCACCAAUUGGUUCUCUCCAGUCAACAGGAUCAGCUCAAGUCAUACAGCAUCAGUCUACAUUGGUCGGUUCGAGUUUGACACAGACCUUGUUGUCAUCAAGGAAUUUCAUCUUGGUGAGCAAGGUUCGCUCAAUAGCUUUUUCACCGAGUGCGAAGUGCUAAAACAUACCCGCCAUCGCAAUCUCAUUCAAGCAAUCACCUUGUGCUCGACAGUAGAUUUUGAGAACAAUGAAUUCAAGGCUAUAGUAUAUGAGUUCAUGGCAAAUGGUAGCCUGGACAUGUGGAUACACCCAAGGCUACACCGAGGAAGCCAAAGGAGGGUGUUAAGUUUAGGUCAAAGGAUCAGAAUUGCUGCAGAUGUGGCUUCUGCUCUUGAUUAUCUGCACAACCAAUUGAUACCUCCAUUGAUUCACUGCGAUUUGAAGCCUAGCAAUGUUCUUUUGGACUACGACAUGACCUCGCGCAUUGGUGACUUUGGGUCAGCAAAAUUUCUCUCUUCAAGUCUUAGUAUUAGUACUCCAGAAGACUUGUUUGGUGCCUCAGGAACCAUUGGAUAUAUCGCACCUGAAUAUGGGAUGGGAUGCAAAAUGUCAACCAGUGGUGAUGUAUAUGGUUUUGGGGUGCUGCUACUAGAAAUGCUCACGGCAAAGCGACCAACUGACACACUAUUUGGCAAUGACCUCAGCCUUCAUAAGUAUGUGAACUUAGCAUUCCCUGACAAAAUAAGUGACAUUUUAGAUCCCCAAAUGCCACAUGAGGACGGAGUUUUUGGUAAUCUACGCAUGCAAAACUAUAUCAUACCAUUGGUUGAAAUUGGCCUUAUGUGCUCCAUGGAAUCACCAAAAGAUAGACCAGGAAUGCAAGAUGUUUGUGCAAAAAUUGAUGCCAUCCAAGAGGCAUUUGUUGAAACCUUUUGAUAAUGGCAAUGUGAUAAUAAAGAUGGAAUUGUGGCAGGGGCAAUGAUCUAAUUUAAGCAUAUCGGAGGAAAGCAUCAUGCAGACCAGGAGAAAAGCAUUAUGCACUUCAACAGUUGAUGGGCUCCACCAACUACUAUACACAAUUGCAAUGAAGUCUAAGGAAGGAUUUAAGGUGAGCGUCCUCUGGCUCAAAAGUCAAAAAAACUGAGCCUGGCCGGACAACCACUUAACUCAUCAGACUCUGCUGCAUAGAUUGGGACAUGUAAGAGCAUUUUACAAUUAAAUAUUUUCUCAACUAAUAUUUUUUCUACAAAUUAGCCAUUCCGAGAUUGGGCACAUCAUAGAAUGUCCAAUUAAUUUGUGCUGUUAAAGAACUGGAGAACUAUUAUUGGCAUGCUUCUACUUAGUUGUGAAAAAUGUUCAGUAUCGAAUCAAAACAGUUCACAUUCAUGACUGUGCAGUA